AUGAAUAUGCUACGCGCAAGAGGUGAAGGUGUUGGUACCGGCGGCUGCCCGAUCCCCGAUCACCUUUCAGGUGCUGGUGGUGGUCCGUUUGUGGGGAAAUUCACAUUUUAUCAAAUCAACAUGAUUUUCUCUGGUGCCUGCACGGUAGUAGUACUUUUUGUGACACUGGGUUUGAUGGCUCGACAUGCAGCCCGCAUGAGUAACCCCUCCGAACAAUUGAAGAUUAUGCGAGUUGUCAAUAUGAUCCCAUCAUAUCAGCUCUUAUGUUUUCUCUCUAUCUGCUUCCCCGAUGCAUAUCUCUACAUACAAGGGUUCACUGAGGUGUUCCAGGGCAUUGCUCUCUAUGCCUUCCUCAUGCUGCUUUGUGACUUCAUGGCUCCCACCGACCAGGACAAGGUGGAAUUCUUUUCGUCGUUGGAAACGAAGAGACAAUGGCAGCCAAAGAAGAAGAGAAAUGGGCUCGCAUUGCUCAGUCUGAGCUGGUGGUGUGUUCUGCAAUACCCCAUCAUCACCUGGGUUGCCGCCAUCGCGCAGGUGGUGACUCAGCCACUUCGUGUCUUCUGUCUUGAGAGCAAUGAGGUCCACUUUGCUCAUGUUUGGAUCACGGUCGUCACCUCCCUUUCUACAUCGGUGGCCGUCAACGCGAUCCUUCAAUUCUACACUAAGAUGAAGGGCUACAUGAAAGAACAUCACCCACUCACCAAGCUAGUUGCUUUCAAGCUGAUCGUCGGACUAGUCUGGAUAGAAAAGGUAAGCCGACAACUCACCGUAAACGAUGUACUAAUCGGCUUCCCAAAUCUGAUCAUCUGCUUCCAAAUGGUUCCGAUCUCUUUCUUCAUCUUAUAUGCGUACCCAACGAAACCCUACGCGAUUUCCUACAAAAGCAUCAACCUACGUCCUCGAGCAUACCAGGAAAUUCAAUCCGAUGGUGACGAGGAGAUGUUGACUACCGAAUCUCCCAAGUGUUACUACGGUGGUUGGAUGGGAUUGCGCGCUUGGUGCGUUUAUUUGAACCCAAUCAACCUGUGUCGUGAUGUCUGGUCAGCACAUAAGAUGAUCUCGACAUCUCGGGCUGUGCAUAAGGCUCAAAUGAGAGAGGAGAUGGAGAAAGAGCGGGAUGUAAUGCGGUAUGAGACAGGGACAAGCUAUGGUGUUACGCGGGCUGCAUGA